AUGGAAGCAUUUCAUGGGGGCGGGGAUCGGAAGCCCACCAAGGUUCUUUCUGUGACCUUUGCAGUGCCCCCCAGUGGUCCUGUGUGCAGCCAGACCGGUCACACGUCUGUGGGAGGCUCUGCUGCCCUGAGGUGCAGUUCCUCUGAAGGGGCUCCCAGGCCCGUGUACAACUGGGUCCGCCUUGGAUCUUCUCCUACACCUCCUCCUGGCAGCAUGGUGCAAGAUGAGGUGUCUGGUCAGCUCAUUCUCACCAAUCUCUCCCGGGCCUCCUCGGGCACCUACCGCUGUGUCGCCACCAACCAGAUGGGCAGUGCCUCCUGCGAGCUGACCUUGUCUGUGACUGACCCUUCCAAAGGCCGAAUGGCCGGGGCGGUGAUCGGAGUGCUCCUGGGUGUGCUGAUCCUGUCCGUCGCUGUAUUCUGCCUCAUGAGAUUCCAGAAAGAGAGGAGGAAGAGGCCGAAGGAGACUUACGGGGGUAGUGACCUUCGAGAGGACGCCACCGCUCCUGGGAUUUCGGAGCAAACCUCUGGGAUGACCGAUCCUAGCGAUGGGCUCCUGGAGAAGCCCCCCUCUGCCGCCUCUGUGAAGACCACCAAGUCCAAGCUCCCUGUGGUCGUCUGACUUCCCCGCCCAUCACCGAGGGGGAACGCCCACAAUUAAAGCCUCUGGGUACCAUCUUGUCUCCCUCUUCCUUCUGAGGUGUAGCAAACCCCCUAGGCGGCCCGGAGUGUUACCCGUCAGGGAAGGAGUGGGCUUACGGCCCGGAUGUGAUGCUGUCUUCGGGAAGGGGAGGUUUUAUCCGACGUCCCUCGCCCCCACACUUUUUGGUUGGGUCAAAGGAGACUUGUUCAAGUUGUGAGCAGUGGCUUUGCGCACCCAGGCACCCUCCCCUCUGACACCCUUGGGACACUUGGACAUUCCUGUUUAUUGUUCACAUUCCAACCCAGCACAGUCACAUGCACACUCGUAGAUAAAAAAAAAAAAAAUUAAAAAAAAAAUCUUCCGGCCACAGCCCCAGGGGCCCGUCGGGGGCGGAGCCAGCAGGGCAGGGGCCGGGCCACAACGGACUCCUCCCACCGAGCCACCCCGCGCUCAGCGUCCGCAAAACAA